CUUUCAACUAGGCACAUCGAGCCUAGGGAACGAAAUGUUACUGCGUCUAGUUAUCUCCCUUAUAGAACAAACAGAUAUUCAUAUCACAUAUAGUGUGCAGUGACCAAACAGAGUACUCGCUACCUAGUGGAAUAUUAAGAUUUGGACAUUGAAAUUAGUUACUAUUUUAUUGCGCCUGACUAACACUGGCGCAUUUGACAGGUUCAUAUAUAAAAGUUGGGAAUGCUGUUCUAUUUGCUGUUUGCUGUCACGGUUUUCGUGGGCUGUCUGGCUCAACAAGUUCCGUGCAGUACAGGGAAGUCCGUGUGUGAGGUCUCAGAGAGUUUAAGUAUAAUCAACAAUGAGCACUUUUGUUGCGAAAUAGGCUUUAACAUGCAGUUUAAAAAUCGUGUCAUCAAUGGGACUACCCAGCCAGAGUGUGUAUGCAAUCGCCAUUACUACGUGUCCGAUUGCAUAGAAGAUCAGCUGCAGUGUGAGGGCGCCACCAGCUUCACCACGGACGGCAACUCCGUCAAGUGCUGCAGAAACGGGGAGAGUAUGAACAGCGUGAUGAACUCCAUCGUCAACGGGGUCAGGGCCGACUACUGCAGGUGUAUCCGUUAUGUGGGUAACAGUGGAAGCAGCAGAUAUUUUAGCAGACGACCUGCAAGGCCCAGCAGCAGGAUAGCCAACAGAAACUACUUCAAUGGCCCGUUAGGAUUCGCUCAAAUGGCAGGACAGAUGUUGGAAGGAUUCGGCAGAGGUAUCAAUGAUGUCGCUACAGGCUUUGUCAACGGUGAUCCAGUCUUACAGCCUGUCCCUGGCAGUGUCACUCCACCUGUUGAUGCUACAAAACCCACAGGGCAACCAAAUAGUCAAAGACCUUCAUGGCAGUUAUUCCCACAAAGGAUGUUCCAACUUGUCCAGCCCGCAAGACUCCAGCAGGGCAUGCGUCGAGCCACCAAUUUUUUCGACAGAGUUAGCCAGAAUCCCAUGGUCAUGCAGCUCGUGGACCCAAGGUGGUGGCUCAACCAGGACUGGAGGGGCAUGUUCCGCAACGAUGGUCCAGUCGCCAAGAGUGACAGCACAACACUGAGUCCGAUCACUGGUCAGCCGGUCUUGAUGCCCUUACCGGCUAAUAUUUGAGCAUUACCAUCACAUAGAGAUAUAAAUUUGAGAAUUCAGUAAAUUAAUUGUUUUUCAUGUCCAAUAGGAACUUUUUUUUUUGGGGGGGGGGGGGGGAUAUAUGCUGCUAGGGAAAAAAAACGUAUAGAAGGUCAAGAACACAGACUAUCGUAUCUUUUAGCAUAAUGUUUUAUCGUUUAUAUUAUUUUGAACAGUGACCAAUUCACUACCAGGGGUGAUAACUCGUUAUGCUAUUAAAAUCAAUGUUAACUCAUUCUCAAUUAAACAAAUUAUUUGUAUGAUUGCCAUUUUUUAAAAAUAUUAUGAAUAACCAUGUUUUGUGUUUCACAUUAAAAAUGUUACCAUGUG